AGACUCCACACCAGGCAGCUGGAAGCUGAUGGCAAUUGACCGCGAUUUAUUGGUUGUCAGGUUUUCCUCUCCGAGCUGUCCACCAACUGUGAAAGUAGGAUUUCUUCCCCCGGCCGGAAAGGAGGAGGAGAUUAUCUGGGUGUCCCUGGAGGAGGAGAAUCUCAUAGCCGAUAUACACUGGAGCUACAAGAGCCACAAACCACCUCCAGAGCAGGAGAACCCCCAAUACCCCGGUCUGGAAUACGAGUCGAUCUUCAUGAGGCCUCAGAAUGUUCCUGCAGAGAGUCGGAUCCCCCUGGUGGUUUAUCCUCAC